AUGCUGGUGAUGAUAAAAGGCGCAUCCUCCUCCUCCUCCUCCUUUCAAAUUUCGGUCACGCAGCUUUGCCCAGAUUUGAGAGGAAGCAUGGUGGAUGUUUUUCUUUUGUCGCAGCUCAUAUUGGCUUUUUAUUUAAAGGGGGGAGAACGCGUUUAAAGCUGAUGGGCACUGAUGCCACGUCUUUAUCCGAUUAAUCAUCCCGCGAUUGAUUCUGGAAAAUCUAAAUUUGAGUUAUUUUUGGAUUGCUUUCAUCCGACCGACCGACUGCACCACAUUUCACGUUUGCCAAUCCGCCUGUUUAUACUAUCUGCAGCACAUCGAGUCCACUCCACACACACUUAGAUCUACAUAAAGGAUUUCUUUAUACAGGUUUGUAUCAUCCAGUAGCAGUGAUGCGAUGCCGUGAAGGCAGUGAAGCACAGUGAGGUGAUGGACAAUGUCAACCCCAGCGGGUUCGAGCCUCCUGCGCUCCUGGUCCUGACUGCAGCGGAGAGAGACACCUGAGAAGCGGGUGUCACCGUCAUCUCCGGAUGCUGCGCCGAAGAAUGGGAUACGUCGACCCAUCGUCGGGUAAAGACAUACUCGGCAACAGAUCUCUUUGUUUCAUAUUUAUUUGCGCAUUCGGACUCGUCACGUUGUUGCAGCAGAUCCUCUAUGGGAAAAACUACAUUAAGAGUGCACAACAGUUUAGCCGACUCAAAGGGGACGAGACAGGAAAUUGGACCGGUCCAGUUAAUUUCUCCGAUGAUGGAUCGCUGAGGCCUGCCAGAAAUGGAAGGAAAAGGUACCUUUCCAGCGUGACUGACUGCACAACACCUCUGAGAAAAGAGAGUGUGAGACAGACAGAGAGAGGAAACACAAGUUUCAAAGACAUCAUAGAGAUGACCCAGCCUUGCAUGCCUACUAAUCUCCUCAGAUGCUGUAGACAAAAGUGGUAUAGCACAUUUAAAGUAACAAGUAACACUCUUUUUCCAUUUCUACUUGUUUUGAGAUCUGCAGGUUUUAAAGAAGAUAAUGUCGCAGGACCACAUCACAUAUUUAACUCUAACUUAACCUGUCUGCAUGUUGACAGAUGUGUCCGUCAGAAUUUUCAGCCUGAUUCACAGAUCGCCAUAAUAUUCAGACCCUGCCUAGCUGUCAUUAAGAAGACAAAAAAACGCACUCAAAGGUAUCUGGAAAGCUAUGAAGGUUCCUUUGACUACAACUCCACUACGUGCAGGGAGCUCAGGCAGGAGAUUAUGGAUGUCAAAGUCUUGACAAUAAACAUUAAACGGAAAAUACAUGGCCAUGGGUAUCCUUCCUCAUACCACAAGUCUCUCUGCCUAUCUGCCAGGGUGAAAACCUCCGACCUGUUUGAGAGGUGGCGGAACCUGCAGGUGUGUAAGUGGGAGCAGAGCAAGGAGGAGGCAAGCAACUUCAAGAUGUCUCUGUCUCGUUGCUGUAAUGCGCCUUCGUUUUUGUUCACCACCAAGAGGAACACUCCUGCAGGGACCAAGCUGAGGUACGAGGUGGACACCAGUGGCAUCCUUCCCAUUUCCACGGAGGUGUUCAAGAUGUUCCCAGAUGACAUGCCUUAUUCCAAAUCGCAGUACAAGAAAUGUGCUGUUAUUGGAAACGGCGGCAUCCUGAAGAACAGCAAAUGUGGAAAGGAAAUCGAUUCAGCAGAUUUUGCCUUCAGGUGCAACAUACCACCCGUUAAUGACAAGUACUCUGAAGAUGUUGGCACUAAAACAGAUUUGGUGACAAUAAAUCCCAGCAUAAUUACUGAGAGAUUUCAGAAACUGGAGAAAUGGCGGCGCCCAUUUUAUGAAGUUCUCCAGAAUUACGAGAACUCCUCAGUGGUGCUUCCAGCCUUCUACAACACGCGCAACACAGACGUCUCGUUCAGAGUCAAGUACAUGCUGGAUGACUUUGACUCCCAGAGAGGCGUGUUCUUCUUCCACCCGCAGUAUCUGCUUAACGUGCAGCGGUUCUGGGCGGUGCAGGGCGUCCGGGCCAAGCGGCUCAGCAGCGGCCUGAUGCUCGUCACCGCCGCCUUGGAGAUGUGUGAGGAGGUCCACCUCUACGGUUUCUGGGGAUUUCCCAUGAACCCCUCUGGCAUCUUCAUCACUCACCACUACUACGACAAUGUCAAGCCACGGCCGGGCUUCCAUGCGAUGCCUCAUGAAAUUUUCAACUUCAUUCAGAUGCAUACUCGUGGUAUCAUCCAUGUACACACGGGGCAGUGCACGUGAUCCCUCACUCUUCUGCUUCAACGGGGAAGCUCAAUAUUUGAACAUUAGUACCUUUUAUUUAAGAGCAGGGUUGUCUGCCAUCUUUUUAUUUUUGGUGAAUUUGACAAAUUACAAUUUCCUCUGUAUUUAAAAAGAAGAGUUGGCCUGGAACGUAUACUUCUUUGCUCUCACUGACUAAACUACACAUUGAAGGUUGCUUGCUUUAAUUACCAGUGUACUUCUGUUAAAGAUGUGUAUCUUAAAGGUCCAGUGUGUAACGUUUAAGAGGGUUUAUUGGUAGAAAUUUAAUAUACAGGAGUAUGUUUGUAUAGGUGUGCAAUCACUUUAAAAUCCUUUUUUAGAAAAAGUUAAGUUUUUCUAGCCUUAGGAUAAGCCUUUUAUAUGUACUUUAAACAAGGGCCUUGUUUUACAAAGGCCACCAUCUUGCGGCAAAUGUUUCUACAACAAUUCAAACCAGCCAGAUAUGCAUUUUGUGUUUUGAAAUAGAGGUUUCCUACACAAAUGGCGUACGAAGGCCACUAUAAUUCCCUGACACACAUAUGGAGAUCUGUGGACGAGUCCUUCGUAUGCUACAGUCACUAAUUCUUACACACUGGACCUUAAAGUUGUUAAUUUAUUCAGUCAAAUCACUCUGGUUACAUUUUACAAUAGGAUGCUUGUUUUUAAUGUAAAAAAAAAGUACUCUUCAUAGUGAUGUUGUUUCUGUGAAGUUUUCUAGUGGCCCUUCUGUACAGAGGUUUUGUUUUCUACUUAAUAUUGCACAAGAUGUUUAUGCAAUUGUGGGCGUCUUCGUGCUCCCUCAUCCCUACUUUCUUCUUCUGUGUGGGUGUGGCAGCUUUUCAUGUUUCUGAUAAACACAACCUGAACCUUGAUAUUAGGCUUAUAAUAAGAAAAUAGGCAAAAACGACAUUGUAACAUCCAUUUGUCUACUUUUGUAAUCUAUUUCCUAUUCACCUGAUUCAUUUGGUGAAUAUUUUAAGACACUAUUAAAAGGCCUGUUUUCAUUGGCCUCCUUCCAAUUAAAAUUUUAAUUUGAUUGUUUUGGUUAAAAAAUGUGGUGGGGAAAGGAGAAGAAGCAAGGGUGUUUUUGUUUGUUUGUUUGUUUCUUUCUUUCUUUGUUUGUUUCUUUCUUUCUUACUUUCUUUCUUUCGCAAUGGCAAAGCCAGACAGACAUUCUGCAGUGACUUUUCAUGCCAUCCAAUCUGAGCACUGCUGAUGGACCCAGCCUCUUGUUGUCAUUCAUGUCUUAAGCCAUGCUGCCUUAUGAGAUAUCAGACCCCUCUAUACAUGAUAUGCAGUGCACCCAUGUGGUUUGCUUGUCUUCACAUUAAAAAUCAAACUAAAUCUUAGUUGAUGUCUUGAAAAAACUGAUUCUACAUUUUGAGAGCCUUUAAAGAUGUGCAGCUUGUGUUCUCUUGGAAGUAGUGAAGUGUGAACAUCAUGCACUCAUAAUCACGUACUGCUCUGCAUGACUUUACUCUGUAGCUGGCUUUGUGUGCGCCUGCUUUAACGGUCACUAAAAUAUGUUUACACUGAAGCCUUGACUGAAUCUUACAGUGUUUUUGGAGAUGUGUUAAACUAAAACUAUAAACUUUUUCUGGGAAAGAUGAAUGGAUUUCCUAAAAGUGAGCUGUACAACAAUGUGGAUGCUGUUUGAAGAUGGAAGAACGAUGAUGCCUGUGCUUUUGUGAAAUGAAGAUUUUUUUGAAUUAUUUGACUGUCCCCCAUUGAACUGUGCAUAUUGAGUUUGCACUCCAGAAAGCAUUGUGCAUUUAACACAGAGUAUGUUUGGUUUCUAAUGAUUACUUGCAAAAAGUUUUAAGGUAACUAAAUUCAUUGGUCGUCACUGGUCAUUGUCAUGCUUGGCUGAACACUUCAUUUCCCCCUUUGUGUUGGGAGAUUUGAUUAAGACAUUUCUUUCAUAAUUUUGAAAUGUUUUAAAGACAUAUAAGUGUCUUAUAUGUGCAGAAUGGAGGUCAUACAAAGUAUAACACAGUUCUUUCCUUACUGAUUCCAAAUCAUUCUUUAUACUGGUAUUGUGUUUGUAAAUAAACUGUUUGAAUUUUCUCGCUU